AUGCCUCAUUUUAUUUCCACUCCUCCGCCUGGCCCCAGUGCUAACCCAUAUGCUCAGAUGCCUUCUCAGACACCCACUCCUCAGCCAGGGCAGGUGCACACUGGAAUUCCUAGUCUACCGCAUGGCCGAUAUAUCUCUUUUUUGGGAAUCUAUCAAAAUAUUGCUAACCCAUAUGCUCAGAUGCCUUCUCAGACACCCACUCCUCAGCCAGGGCAGGUGCACACUGGAAUUCCUAGUUUACCUCCAAAUAUCCUCGCAUUAUUACAACAGUCGCAGGGUCAGCAUGGUCAAGGCAGUGCCCCCCAACAAAUGCAAUCGCAAUAUGGAAUGCCUCCUCCGCCACCUCAAUCAAUGAUGUCCCCACCUACGAAACCCGACAACUUUGUCCCACCAACUGCUAACAAAGAUAGGAAGACGCCAGAAUCGGCACCUGCUGCUCUAUCCAUCCAUCCGCAACCAACUUCGAAUGCUAUCAAGUUGGUUUAUCGCGAACAAUCGAUCUCACCUUAUAGUCUCGAAUAUGAUGGCGAUGAGCAUCUGUUUUCUGAUUCCGAGAGGAAUGAGCUGCGUUUCAUCAAUAACCUGUCUCGAGUCCAGCAACCACGUCGUUUUCAAGUCAACUACACUACCUACGAUGUCCGGCGUGACCAAGACUCCAUGCGACCGGGACAUAAUUGCACGGUCAUGACACUAUCGAGGGUGCUUUUGUGUCCGACACGACAGUUCCUAGCGGGAGACAAGGCUUGGCCAGAGACAACUCUGAUUCACUUCGUUGCGGGGGAGUCUUCACCUGGAGCUGACUCUUCGAUGGUUGUCAAAGUAGGGCACGUUGAUCCUGGUGAAGCUCUUGAUGUGUGGACCGGUGACCUGGAGGUUCGUUCGUCGGGUCUGAUAUGUCAGUUGGCGGACGGUGCUGGCGAAGCGUUUGGUCCUAGCGUCUGA